UGAAUCGGGAUCAUAAUAGAAAGAAAGGGAUAACUAUUAGGUAUAAAACAGUUAUUGAUGCUUCUGUUGUGGUAAAUGACGCUUAAUUUAACGGAAGUAUGACUAUACGUCAUUUCCCCUAGCGGGUUAGCUGUUUCACAGGUGUUGUAACUGACAUAUCCCGCUGUUCUGGUCAAGAAGGCCAAAUAGCAGAAGCGUCAUGCUGCGACUGCCGACUGUUGGCCGAGCGCUAAGGGGAGCUGCCAAGGGCAGCCUGGCUCCUACUAAUGCUGUGCGCACACCUGUACGUGCUGCCAGUAACAUGGUGGAGGUGUUUGUGGAUGGGAAAUCAGUGGAGGUAGAGCCUGGAACUACAGUGCUACAGGCCUGUGAGAAAGUGGGAAUUCAGAUCCCUAGGUUCUGUUACCAUGAGCGUCUCUCAGUGGCAGGAAACUGCCGUAUGUGUCUGGUGGAGAUUGAGAAGGCUCCAAAGCCGGUGGCAGCCUGCGCCAUGCCCGUCAUGAAAGGCUGGAACAUCCUCACCAACUCUGAGAAGACACGCAAAGCCAGGGAGGGAGUGAUGGAGUUCCUAUUGGCAAACCACCCUCUGGACUGUCCUAUUUGUGAUCAGGGAGGAGAGUGUGACCUGCAGGAUCAGUCCAUGCAGUUCGGUUCAGAUCGGAGUCGCUUCACAGAAGGGAAGAGGGCAGUGGAAGACAAAAACAUCGGGCCUCUGAUCAAAACCAUCAUGACCCGCUGUAUCCAGUGCACGCGCUGUGUCCGUUUUGCCAGCGAGAUUGCAGGCGUGGAGGAGCUGGGAACGACAGGGAGAGGAAACAACCUGCAGAUCGGGACAUACGUCGAGAAGAUGUUCAUGUCUGAGCUGUCGGGCAACGUCAUUGACGUGUGUCCAGUCGGAGCCCUCACGUCCAAACCCUAUGCGUUCACCGCACGGCCAUGGGAGACCAGAAAAACGGAGUCCAUCGACGUUCUGGACGCUGUCGGCAGCAAUAUUGUCGUGAGCACCAGAGGAGGGGAGGUGAUGAGGGUACUGCCCAGGCUUAAUGAAGACGUAAAUGAAGAGUGGAUCUCUGAUAAGACCAGGUUUGCAUACGACGGUCUGAAGAGGCAACGUUUGACCCAACCAAUGGUAAAAGAUGAGUCAGGUCAGCUGACCCCGACCACCUGGGAGGACGCUCUAACCCGUGUGGCUGGAGCACUUCAGAGCGUGCAGGGCGCUGAGGUGGCAGCCAUAGCCGGAGGAAUGGCAGAUGCUGAAGCUCUGGUCUCCCUCAAAGAUCUCCUCAAUCGGCUGGACUCGGAGAGCCUGUGCACGGAGGAGGUGUUCCCCAUGGCAGGAGCAGGCACCGACCUGCGCUCCAACUACCUGCUGAACUCGCGCAUCGCCGGCAUCGAGGAGUGUGAUCUGCUGCUGCUCGUGGGAACAAACCCGCGUUACGAAGCCCCGCUGUUCAACGCCAGAGUCCGCAAGAGCUGGCUUCACAAUGAGCUGCAUGUUGCCCUGGUGGGGCACAGCGUGGACCUCAGUUACACCUAUGACCACCUGGGUGAGGAGACGGCAGUGCUUAAGCAGCUGGCUGAUGGAACCCAUCCUUUCUGCCAGGUCCUUGCAUCUGCAAAGCGUCCCGUGGUGGUUGUUGGCAGCAGCGCUCUCCAGAGGCAGGACGGAGCAGCCAUCUUGAGCACCGUCUCCACCAUUGCCCAGAACGCCAGAGCAAGCAGUGGAGUGGAGGAUGGCUGGAAGGUCCUCAAUGUCCUGCAUAGAGUGGCUAGCCAGGUGGCUGCAUUGGACCUGGGCUACAAGGCCGGCGUGGACGCCAUCAGGAAUAAUCCACCCAAAGUCCUCUUCCUGCUGGGAGCUGACGCUGGAUGCAUUACCAGAGCCGACCUGCCUAAAGAAAGCCUGAUCAUCUACCAGGGUCACCAUGGAGACAUUGGAGCACCAAUGGCAGACAUCAUUCUCCCUGGCGCUGCAUACACAGAGAAAAACGCCACCUUUGUCAACACAGAGGGCAGAAGCCAGCACACCAAGGUGGCUGUCACCCCUCCUGGGAUGGCCAGAGAAGACUGGAAGAUCAUCAGAGCGGUGUCAGAGCUGGCUGGUGUGACGCUGCCCUACGACACCCUGGAUGAAGUUCGAUCCAGGCUGGCCGAGGUCUCUCCUAACCUGGUUCGAUACGAUGACGUGGAGGAGGCAAACUACUUUAAACAGGCUAAUGAACUUGCAAAGGCUGUGAACCAGGACCUAAUAGCAGCUCCUCUGGUGCCACCUCAAAUAACUGCAAAGGACUUCUACAUGACUGACUCAAUCAGCAGGGCUUCCCAGACGAUGGCAAAGUGUGUCAAAGCGCUCACAGAGGGAGCUGCUGCCGUCGAUGAGCCUUCAAUCUGCUGAACCCACAGUAAACCUCUGUCCAAAACAAUGUCAUGCCUGUCCUUAACGCAACACGCUUCUCUGAACAAACUGUGUGGCUCCAUAAUUUAAGAUUUUCCUUUUUGCUUGUAUACAUUAAAACCACCUUGCCUAUGGGAACCAGUUCUGUUAAAUAUUGCUGAGGAUCAUAUGAAAUAUAAAUAAAAUCUUAAAAAUGUUGUUACUCCAACCUGUUUUUAUUCAUUGACCAAAACGAUUCUUCACCUAACAAAUCAAA